AUGUGGCUGGGGGCGUGGCCUGGGCGCCGUGUCCAACGUGACGCUGUGGGGGCGGGUGGAGGACCACGGGGAGAACCUCGUGUGCGAGGCCGAGACCCCCGGGGUGGGGACCCGGAGCGCCAGUGUGACCAUCAGCGUGCCCCACCCCCCCCAGUCGCUGUGGUUGGAGGCCCCUCCCCCCAACGCCACCUUCGGGGUGGGGGCGAAGCUGCGGCUGCUCUGCCACGCCCGGGGGGGGGCACCCCCCCCCAAAACUGGGCUGGACCAAGGACGGGCGCCCCCUGGCGGGACGCGCCGCCCCAGACGCGGGCGGGUCACGUGACCACGCGGGAGCUCCACGUGACCGCCGCGCCCAGCGACAACGGCGCCACCUACCGGUGCCAGAGCGCCCCCGAGCGGCGGGGGGCGGAGACUCGGCUGAGGGUCACGUUUCCCCCGCUGGGCGUGUCCAUCUCGGUGUCGCCGCGGGAGCCCCGCCCAGGCCACGCCCUCACCCUCACCUGCCUGGCUGGCCCCGCCCACCCCGCCCCCGAGCUCACCUGGCUCCGCCCCGGCCACGCCCCUGACCCGGGCUCGCCCCUCCCCCCCUCCCCCGCCCCCCACGGGGGGGUCACGGCAGGGUCGCGGCUGCGCCUGCAGGGGGCGCUCUCGGACCAGGGGCAGCCAAUCACGUGCCGGGCCUGGAGCCCCGGGCUGGGCGUGGCCGUAAGCUCCGCCCACCGACUGCUGCUGAGGCACCCCCCCCUGGUCUCGGCCCCCUCCCUCGUGCUGGUUCCGGAAGGUUCCGUCGCCAUUUUGGGGGUGUCGGUCCAGGCCCAUCCCCCCCCCGAGGGCUGCGCCUGGAGCGUGAGGGGGAGGAGCCUCCAGCCGGAGGGGUCCCCGCGGCUCUCGCUGUCGCCAGGGGGCGCCCUCUCCAUCGCCAACGUCACGCGCGCCGACAGCGCCCCCUACCGGGUGUGGUGCACCAACGCCGAGGGCGGCGCCGGAACUGACGUCACGCUGAUCGUCCAGGCCCCCCCCAGCAUCGUCCGGGCCCCCGACCCGGUGGUCGUGGACGAGGGGGGGGAGGGGCAGCUGCUCUGCGAGGCCCGGGGGAGCCCCCUCCCCCCGGGGAGUGUGAGCUGGGCCCGGCUGGUGAGGGGGGAGGGGAUUUGGGGGGGUUUGGGGGGGGGGGCGGAGUCGGAGGCGGCGGCGCUGGGGGCGGAGCUUGCGGCGCGCCGGGAGCUGGGCCCGGAGCUGCUGCCAUUGGCCCAGGAGCUGGGGCGGGUCCGCCAGGGGGCGGAGCUCGCCCGGGAGGCCCUGGGCAAGCUCCGCCCACCCCGGCCCUGA